UUUUGUUUCGGGUCGGGUUUACUGGGUUUACUCAUCACAGUGGACAGUGGAAGCAUUGAAACAAUCAUAUAAAAAUAAUUAUUGCACAACGUUAUAAUUAUCAUCAUACUUUCAUAUAGUUAUACUCUUACCAGUUGUGAAUCCGUGAUACUAUAAACAACUACCAUGUCUUCACCAUGGGGAGUGGUACAGCAAGUACAGGCCGUAGAUUUCCAAGAAAUAAUGUCUGAAGAAUUUGCUCGUGGUCUUCAGGAACAAGAGGAAUCCGUCCAGCCCAAGCAAAUGUCGGUGGCAAUAGAGGACAGGAAUGAUGAACCUGUGGCAGGCUGCUCGCGAUCUAUUGGAGAAACCCUUGAUGCAUUGGAAUCUUUGAGCACGAGCAAUGUAACAGGAAAGGUUUCGAGUGAAGACAUUCCUAAGGAAAUAUCUCGCGCAAUCGAAGAAGCGGAUCAAAAACAAAUUGAUUCCGACGCUACUAUUGCGAAACUCCUACAAGCUCAAUUCGAUUGCGAAUAUGACGAACAGCUUAAACGCGAGGAAAACCACAUGAACCGAAACUCGAGGGUGAAAAUUUCAUUGAAAAACUACCGUAUGGUUCCAGAGGAACUGCUGUAUGAUGAACAAGGAAUUGAAAUACCGGUUGACAAGAAAGCUGAUUGGGAUCGGUUUGAAACUAAUGAAAAGGAACAAAAAUCAAUUCCUCGCGUGGGCUACAAAUUAAACGACGAUGGUGAAAUGGUUACCAAGCACAACCAAGAUAUUGUCGGCAGAAAGAAUGCAUGUAAAGUGAUGUCUUUUCCGCCGGAAUUUUCUACUGGUGACGGGGCAGGUUUUGAUAUGAAAUUAUCCAAUAAAGUUUUCAACCAACUAAAAACGCAUUCAAAGAAAGCAUCACGCAAGAAAAAUACGGCACAGGAUCGAAAAGAAAAUGUUGCCACCGCUGAAAUGGGGUUGGACGAACCAACUAGAAUUAUUUUGUACAAGUGGAUCAAUAACCAAAUUUUGAGCUCUAUCGAUGGUAUUAUUUCAACCGGAAAAGAAGCAGUAAUUUUGCACGGUGAAACAGAUCCUGCUAAUCCCAAUCUAGAGGAGGGUAUGUUGCUGCCGAAGGAAGUAGCUAUAAAGGUGUUUAGUACAACGUUGAACGAAUUUAAGCAAAGAGACCGGUAUAUCAAGGAUGAUUUUCGUUUUGCCGGUAGAUAUUCUAAGCAGAAUGCAAGGGUAGUUAUUAAUCAAUGGGCUGAGAAAGAGCUGCACAAUUUAAAUAGGAUGAAAAAAGUUGGCAUUCGCUGCCCAGAAAUCGUUACACUGAAGAAAAACAUAUUGGUGAUGUCCUUUAUUGGCUCUAACUUGAUUCCGGCUCCAAAACUGAAAGAGGCUAUUUUAAAUGAGGCAGAACUGAUUUGUGCAUAUGAAGAAAUUGUCGAGAUUAUGUACAAAUUAUAUAAUGAGGCCAGGUUGGUGCACGCAGACUUUUCGGAGUACAACAUUCUCUGGUACGACGAUCAGUGCUGGAUUAUUGAUGUAGCUCAAUCGGUUGAACCAGGCCAUCCAGGAGCACUCGAAUUUUUGAUGAGAGAUUGCAAUAAUAUAAGCACCUUCUUUAGCAAGCGUGGAGUCAAGGAUGUUAAAAGCAAAGAGGAUUUGUUUUUCCACAUUACUGGGUUAGAUCCGAUUAGCCACAAUGCAACAAUUCUAGAACGGAUUCAUAUGAAGGGUGAACCAGCGCAUGUAGUUUCCGCCGUUGACGACCAAACACCGGAACAGUUUAAGCCAAUGGAAUAUCCAUUCGAUUUUGCCUGGAAAAGGGUUGAGAAGUACAAGAAUAGCAAGAAAAAAGUUGAGACUAGUAAUGCUGGUCACGCAAAUUGCCGCCAAACUUCUUUGACUACCUCCAGUUCCGGUAGCGAGCCUUUGAAGCCUCAGGAGAAACAUGUAGUUAUUUGAAAUGUGUAAAGAAUUGUCUAAUUCGAAGGUUCGUAUCUAAACCACUAUUCUGUAAAUUAAACUGGAAAUUCGAAAUUUAACUUUAUUUUUGAUUUCAAAGAUUUUGCGCUGCGGGUAGUUUCUACGUAAGAAGUAGAUUACAAUAAAAU